AUGGAAGUGGGUGGGGUCGUGGUAAAACGUGCUUGUUUUCUUCAGAUUGUGACACCAAGAACUUUGAGAUGUGUUAGUCAGACUGUAGAUGAAGCACUCAUGCACGAUGCACCCCACCUUUCCCAAGAUGAUAGCUUUUAUAUUGAUCAUGUGAGUGUUUUCAUGAGAAUUGAUAUCGGGUGUAGGCCCAAUAAGAAGAGGUAUCCUGUAAAGGACGCACUGGACUGA